ACCCUCUUGAUGACCUUUUCUUCUAGGAAAUCGGCUAAUUGGAUUGAUUUUCUUUUCUUUAACCCAUUAAUUAUUGUUGGUGAUGCACAAUUGAAUGUAAUUAACACGUUUCUCCACUUGCAUGAAUUUUGUCAAUAUUGAACUAUUAUCUCUUCAAUGAACACAGAUUGCUAUAGUUCUGGUAACUACCGUCACGCAUAGUCCUCUUUUCCUCAUAUCUAUUCCUUGGGAACCUUUCCUGCAUGCCUUAGAAUUUGAUCACCUACACUUAGAUAAUAUGGCAGAAUGGUUCACUCAGAUAAACAUGAAUCCCCUGCCUUUUUCUGACUUAUAAAUCAGGUGCUAAAAUCUGGCUUUAAGUUAUAUUAUUCAGUUUAUUGUCUGCUUAGUCCAACUUAUCUAUUUGACUUAUGCAACAACCUACUUCAGAUUUUAGAUUUGUCAUUGGUCUACUGGGUAGAUAAAGAAGUAAAGUUUAAUGUCUGCUCCCUAAAGGUAACUUCACCUGACAUAGUGUGCUAAGUAGUCAGUGGGAGCGGAACCUACUAAAAGACAAACAGACUUUCAACACUUGCCCCUCUUAGUUUCACUGCAUUUUUUCUUUUUCUUGUGGCCUCUGCAGCUACACUCCUUAAAGUAUGCAGCCCAUGUUAGGUAUUAUUUUAUCCUUCUAUGUUAACAUGUCCUCCAAUCCAAGUCACUAUCCUUAAUUUUGCCAACCAAUCUUUCUUGAUUCACUGUCAGUCAUUACAUCUCCUCACUUAAGUUGUUGCCUUUUAUUAAGUUUUUUCUUUCUAUAAAAUAUUUAUGUAAUUUUUUUUGUUUAAUUUUCUUACUAAAAUAUUAUUACAAUAUGCUCACUUUCAAAAGUUUCCUUUUGUUAGUGGUUAGCAGGAUUGAUGAAUGAAUUUAGGGUAUAAUAUAAAUGGUUUGUGUUUGAUAUAGAACUUUUUUUUUCUGUUAAUUUCAUAAAGGAGUUUUGUAGGAAUGCAAUUGCAUUUAAUUUCAUUGGCUAUUAAAACGGGACCUAAUAAUGUUGUCAAUUUUGGGGCUCAUGAUCCAUGAGCAACCUUGUUCAGAACCUGGUUUGAAAGCAUUGGUGCCCCCACAGGCUCAGCUGAGGUGGUAACUAGAUGGUGGUCUACCACUUGAGGUCGCGGGGUUAGCAGGGAGUAAUUCCCUGCAUCCCAUAUAACUCACCCUGCAUCUACCUCCUCAGUUAUUGUAAUUUAUCUUCUUUGUGUUGGUCCUGGGGCAGGCUGGCGGGAGCACUGGGGGCGAGCAAAUUGCCUUUGCACUUGGUUUGAAAGCAUUGGUCCUCAUAAAAAAACUAUAUCAAGGUUUAUUCCUUAUAAAUUGAGAUAUUGCCCAACAUGAUAAUUGGUAAGAUUAUGUUGGUGCGGGAAGCAUUAGACGAUCGAACUUGGGUUUUGAUUAUGUCAAAGGGUCCAGCGAGAAUUUUGGAUACUGGAAAGACCAGAUGAGGCACCAACUGAAGACCCAAGUGGAGAUAUGGACCAUAAUCCAGAUCGGAUUUAUACUCCCACCGAAGAAGGAGCCCAUCGCCUGUGACAAGUGGGAUGCACAAACAAGAAGAAAAAUCGAGGCAAAUGCAAAAGCAACAUGUACUCUCCUAUGUGGACUAACAAAUUUAGAGCUUGAUCGAGUUGGAAAGUUCAACAAUGCUUAGGAACUUCGGGAGAAAUUGUUCAAGCUUCAUGAGAUUCCUUUAGAGCCAGAAGACCAAGUUAAACCUUAGUUCGAAUCUGAGUAUGAAUCUCCAGAGUCAACCUCUGAACUAGACUCAGAAGAAUCAGAUCAGACCGAUUUCAUAGCACUGAUGGCCAAAGAAGAGAUAGCUGAAUCUGAGUCCGAAGUCGAGAUGGCAACAAUCAAGGGGGAGAAUCCUAUCAUGGAUCCAAAAGGUAAAAUUGUAAAUUCAAAUUAUAAACUUCACAUAACUUUUUUUAAGUGUAGGGAGAGAGGGCACUAUAGAAACCAGUGCCCUACUCGUAAGAUUCGGCUGUCACAACCAGAGGAAAAGGAGAAAUCGAUCCGGAAAGGGAAGAAGCACAUCGAAUGCUCCAAGUGCAAACGAAUGAGUCACUGCAAAAGUCAAUGCUCAGAAAGAAGUCCCAAGAAUCUAGGGGGAGAAAUCAAGGUCUUGAGUCGCAAAUUGUAUGUACCAGCGAAAUUGUCAUCAGCUUCUAGGGAUGGUGAUCUUCCACUUAUUGUUGCAAUUGAUUUGCAGCCCAUGGCUCCUAUUGAGGGUGUAAUUCAAGUUCAGGGUGAUAUCACUAAUGCUCGAACAGCAGAAGUGGUAAUCAGACAUUUUGAUGGGUGCAAAGCCGACUUGGUUGUCUGUGAUGGUGCUCCAGAUGUUACUGGCCUUCAUGAUAUGGAUGAGUUUGUUCAGAGUCAACUUAUAUUGGCAGCACUAACAAUUGUUACUCAUGUACUUCAAGUAGGUGGAAAGUUUAUUGCAAAAAUAUUCCGGGGUAAAGAUACAAGCCUUCUGUAUUGCCAAUUGAAAUUAUUCUUUUCCCAGGUUACAUUUGCAAAGCCCAAAAGUAGUCGUAACUCAAGCAUAGAGGCAUUCGUUGUUUGUGAGAACUAUUCACCUCCUCCAGGUUUUAAUGAGAGAGACUUGUAUCACCUUCUGGAAAGAGUUGGUACUCCCUCUGGCGAUGAUGAUUUAGAUUGCCGAAGUGGGUGGUUAGAGGGACCGAACAAGGUUUACAUUCCUUUCUUAGCAUGUGGAGACCUCAAUGGCUAUGAUUCAGAUCGAUCAUACCCACUCCCAAGUUCUUCAGAGGGUGGCUCUUACAAGAGUUUGGAUCCUGUGCAGCCUCCCAUUGCUCCACCAUACAAAACAGCACUAGAACUGAAGAAAGUUUCGAGUCAUGGGAUUGUAGACAUUGAGAAGCUAUCUUUGAAUACUGAAUUGUAGAUAACUGAAUGAUCUAAGUAGAUUCGGUUUGUUGUACGAGAGUCUCUUCCUUGAGAGAUUUUGAAUGGAUGUUACAAUUGUACCCUCAAAUGAAACCCGAAUGACAGCUAAGUUAGCAGGGUCUAAAAUCAGUGUUUAGUACCACUGUAAUACAUGAGCUACGACAUGUUCUCCUGCACUAUAAUUUAUUGUUUUUUUUUUUUAUAAAAA